AACCACGGAUCUAGACUGAGAAUGGGAGGCAGUUCAUCCCUGGAGAGAGAGGUCCAAGGUGCCCUACAUCACGCGCCAGUGUGUGGAGGAGAUCGAGCGCCGAGGCAUGGAGGAGGUGGGCAUCUACCGCGUGUCCGGAGUGGCCGCAGACAUCCAGGCACUGAAGGCAGCCUUCAAGAUAACAAGGACGUGUCGGUGAUGAUGAGUGAGAUGGACGUGAACGCCAUUGCAGGCACGCUGAAGCUAUACUUCUGUGAGCUGCCCAGGCCCCUCUUCACUGACGAGUUCUACCCCAACUUCACAGAGGGCAUCGUCCUCUACAGGGUGGCAGAGAAGGAGGCAGUCAAUAAGAUGUCCCUGCACAACCUUGCCACUGUCUUUGACCCCAUGCUGCUCCAGCCCUCCGAGAAAGAGAGCAAGCACCCUGCCAAUCCAAGCCAUCACCAUGACUGA